CCUUCACACACACACACACACUCUGCAGUUUUCAUCCUCUUCAUCAGCAGCGGAGACUUCUUCUUCCUCUUCAUCAUCAGAGGACAGUUAUUCAUCCUCUUCAUCAUCAGAGACUUCUUUCCUCCUUUUCAUCAGCGGAGACUUCUUCCACCUCUUCCUCCUCUUCCUCUUCAUCAUCCAUCUGUCCCCGAGAGGAAGACCUGGAGGAGAAACGGAUUACUUGAGAUAAUCAGGAUCCACAGGAGAAAGAACGUCCUCACACACCGAGAGGGAACCUCCUCACACACACUCACCUUCUUCAUCUUCUUCAUCACCAUGGCGCCCAGCAGCAGCCAAUCAGGAGCCAGCAUGUCGUCGCUGCUCUUACUCAGCUGGAUUUUCCUCCUUCAAAUCAGCGCCUCUUCCUCUUCCUCCUCUUCCUCGCCCGUCCUGCAUCACCCAGAGUCACCUGACGUCUCUCCUGACUCCCCCGACUCCCUUCUUCCUCCCUCCGAAUGCCCCUCAUGUGCCCUGGCGAGGGUGAGGAGGGGGGAGGAAGAUGAAGGGAGGGAGGACGUGGUGGAGGCGGUGAAACGACACAUCCUGAACAUGCUCCACCUUCAGCACAGACCUAACAUCACCCGACCGGUUCCCCGGGCGGCGCUCAUCAACGCGCUGAGGAAACUCCAUGUGGGGAGGGUGGGGGAGGACGGGAGCGUGCAUAUCGAGGGGGGGGAGGAGGGGGGGAGAGGGGGAGAGAGCGGGGGGAGGAACAGAGGGGGAGACGGAGGAGGAGGAGAGGAGGCGACCGAGACAACUGAGAUCAUCACCUUCGCUGAGGCCGGUGAUUCUCCGGGCUCGGUGAACUUCGUCCUCUCUAAAGAAGGCAGUUCUGACGUCUCUCUGGUGGACGAGGCCAACGUCUGGCUCUUCCUCCGCCUCGCCAAAACCAACCGCAGCCGAGCGAAGGUCUCCAUCCGCCUCUUCCAGCAGCGAGACAACGACCAGAACGACGUCCUGCUGGCGGAGAAAAACGUGGACACUCGACGCAGCGGCUGGCACACUUUCUCCGUCUCUUCUGCGGUUUCAGCGCUGCUGAAAAGCGACGGCGAAUCAACGCUAAAUCUCCGAGUGUCCUGCCCUCUGUGCCCUGAAGUCGGUGCCAAUUUAGUCCUCGUUUCGGGUCGAUCAAACCAACGAGAACAAUCCCAUCGUCCCUUCCUGAUGGCGGUAAUUCGCCCGGAGGAUAACGUGGAAUCGAGGCGACGAAAGAAACGAGGGCUCGAAUGCGACGGGAAAGUGCGAGUUUGCUGCAAAAGGCAGUUUCACGUCAACUUCAAAGACAUCGGAUGGAACGAUUGGAUCAUCGCGCCGCAAGUUUACACGGCAAACUACUGCGAGGGAGAUUGUCCGAUUCACGUAGCGAGCAUCACGGGAUCCUCGUUAUCUUUCCACUCCACCGUCAUCAGCCACUACCGGAUGAGAGGCUACAGCCCGUUCCAGAACCUCAGGUCCUGCUGCGUGCCCACGCGCUUACGAGCCAUGUCCAUGCUCUACUACAACGAGGAGCAGAGGAUCAUCAAGAAGGACAUCCAGAACAUGGUGGUGGAGGAGUGCGGCUGCUCGUAGACUUUUCAAAAACAAGAGAAUACGUUUUCUGGAGGAUCUGGACCCCGAACGAGGCGUCUGGGGAUUUUUGAUUUGUUUUUUACAACCCAGUUUAGAUUUAAAAGCCGAUUUCUGAGCGACUGCGUCAUGGAUGUAUAAAGAGAUUGGUAAUAAUAUUAAUAAUAAUAAUACAUUACAUUUUUAUAGCGCUUUUCCUGGUGCUCAAAGGCUCUUAAUUAGACGCAGAAUUAAAAACCUUCUUCUGAGCGACUGCGUUAUGGAUGUAUACAGAGUUUUGUUUUUUUAGGCCAAUCAGAAGCCAGUAUUCCGUUUUUAACCAAUCAGAUUCAGAUAAAAUUGAAUUUUUUUGUGCAUUUUGUAUUUAAGUUUGGUUUCCUGGCGUUAAAAACUAAAACAAACUAAAUCAAAAAAUUAUAUAAAACAUUUAACUGAUCAGGGCGGGACGAGUAUUGGCAGAAAAGUCAGAUAUUUCGUCUUAAAAAUAAGUGGAAUGAGUACUUUUGGUGCAACGUUCCAUUGCAUAGUGCACACAUUAAAGGAUACCAGGUUCAAUAUUUAAAAAGCGCUAUUUUGCGCUAUUUACUUUGGAGAAGAUGCUCUACGUGGUUACAUCUAAACUGGGUUGGAAAGACUUCGGACGCUCAAGACGCUUUUUGGGAUUAAACCUCUCCGUCCAUCAGAACUCAGAAAGAAAGCGUCUCCACGGCACUUUCGGAAAAGAACAAAAAAAGAACAAAAAAAAGAAUAUCUAAUAUAUUUUUGCUACAAAAGGAGGAGGAGCUUAUUUAUGUGGCUGAGACGUUCAAGCACCGCUCCACCUGUCGGAUCUUUGAGAGACGAGGUGCCUGAAAAACUACUAACAAAAAAAAAAUCUCAAAACUAUGCAACUUGUUUCACGUAUUACUUAUUUUACCUUGUUUACUUUCUGUCAAGGAAAGCAGAAGAAGACUCUUUUUGUAUUGUUUUUUUGGAAGUGUGUGUGUGUGUGUGUGUGUGUGUGUGUGUGUGUGUGUGUGUGUGUGUGUGUGUGUGCGUGCGUGUGUGUGCGUGUGCGUGUGCGUGUGUUGAGAGAUACUUGAAAGAAACAAGUUGGCCCGGCUGCUGGAACCAAACACUUCUUUUGUUACCAUGUUAAUGUUAUAAUUAUUAUUGUCCGUAAGUAUAUUAAUAAUAUUAUUGUUAAUAAUAUUUAGGCUGAAUUUUUGUGUUAUUAUUAUUAUUGUGUUGUUUUCAUUUGAUGUGUAUAUGUUUGCACUAUAGCGACACUCAGAUUAGCCAGAGACGUAACGUCAAAAAACAAACUUUAAAUGUUUUAAAUUGAAGGCCAGAUUUUAAAAAGCCUUAAAAAUGACUGAACUUCACAAAAACCUUUUCUUCAUUUUCUCAAUUUUAAGUGGACAUUUUUUAACGAUUUUCUCAAAACCUUCCCUAAGUUUUUGGAAAUAAAAUCCCAUUUGUAUUAGAUCUCCAACAUAACUCAAAUUAGAAGCUGUGGAAAAAUAUAUCAAUGUUUAAAGAAUCACGUAAAAAUACAAAUUUGAAAAAUAUGUUUUUUCCAUUCAUUUGAACGUAGCGUCAGUUUGCUAGCUGGUGGCUAACGUGUUGAGACCCAGUGCGCUAAUGGAUUAUUUAUUAUUAUUGGCAUUAAAGUAUUCAAGUAUAUUAAGUAUGACUAGGAUGCACCCACAAUCUGUUUUAAAUGUAAAAAACUAAGAAGAUAUUGCAUUAAAAUACAGAAGAUUUGAUCUCCAUGUGCUGUUAGCAACUACAGGCUAACAGGUAGCAAUGCUAUCUGGUCAGUUAGCUCGAAAGCUACUCAAUACAAAACAUUUAACGUCUGUAGCAUGACAAAUGUUUUAACGAUUAAAAAAAAGACCGAGGGUGAGAUCCAGAGCGCUAAUGAACUUAAACGUAGCAGUAAGAUGAACAAAAAGCACUUAAAAGAAGAAUAAAAAUGUGCAUUUGCCUCAAAACUAAAAAUAUAAUCAGACAUUUCUGCGCUCAGACAAAGCCUAGAUAUUCACUGACAGCUAGCCAAGCGCUAAACUUAAGCACAAGAACAAAACUCGGUAAAAUAAAUGUAUAUCUUUGUCUCUCUUAGUGUCACCGGGUGUUUUAAUUGGUAUUAACAGGAGGCCACUCAAACGGGUUUUAAACACCAAAAAUGUGCAUUAAUUAGCAUAAUAUAGCUAAAUGAUGCUAAUGGUAAUCAGUCAAGGUUAAUUGAAUGCACUUUGGAUACAUUGACGUUGUCGUUUCACAUGGAUGAUCCCGGAUGAUUCGUAUUUACUGAUUUGGUUAGAAGUGGAAAGCAGCUAGCAGUUGGUACCGGUGACAAAGAGGUUUUAAAACACAUUUGAAUGAUUUUUUGUUGUUGUUUUGUCCAGUUUUUAGUCUGCGUUAGAACACCAAAGAGUCGGGUUUGUGCACUUGUUUGUGUGAGAGAGAAAACUGUUGAAGUUGCGUUCAAUGACGCUGAAAAAAAACUAAAAAAAGUCAACGUCCAAUCUGAUUUAUGUCCAUUUUGUGGGUAAAAAAAAGACAGAAAAUUCACUGAAGUUUCAUAAAGAGGGAUGUUUUUGUAUUUAUGCUUUUCCUUUGAGAUUCAUGUUUUUAUUUCUUUGCACAUCAAGAACUCCAUUUCCCACAAUGCUUUACAAACUGAAAGACAAUCCACCAGAUUGUGUUGUUUUCUGAGUGUUUCCGUGUCGUACGUGUUUAUAUCAGUAUUGUCGACUUGUCACCAAAAGUUAAUAAGAGUAUCGGUCCCUUUCUGAUGAAGUCACGCCGCUUUGUUGUUAUUUGUAUUGUUUUAUAAGAUGGAGGGGACGCUCUUCUUCUUCUGGGACACAAACAAAAUGUCAGUGCGGAAAAAAAAAAGGAAAAGAAAGUAUCUUUUUAUGGAGACACUGAACGAAGUGGACAAAGAAUAAAAAGUCUAUUUUUUAUUCUGUAUAUAUGGAAGUGUAAGUCUGUUGCAUUGCUUUGUUGUACAAAUCUAAUGUGCUUGUGGCAUUUUUCUAAUCUAAUUUAUUUUAUUGUUUUUGUUUUUCUGCUUCACCAUUAAAGUUUAA